AGAUCUUCAUAUUUUCACAAUGGCCCAUAAUUUGGCCCAAACAAUCACAUUUUCUGGUCUCCUUGUCGUCGCCUUUGCCUUAGGUCUUGCCCAUGCAUCGUCGUAUCGAACAUACAACCCGGUAAUUCCAUCAUACUCGAAUGAUUACCCUGUCCAAGUUUACCAACCAUACUAUACCCAAACCCAAGAACCCUACUAUACCUAUACCCAAACCCAAGAACCCUACUAUACCCAAACCCAACAACCCACCUACUCUCAACCCCCACCAACUUACAUUCCAUCGUACGGUGGUGGUGGUGGUGGUGCAAGUGACGCAGAAAAAGCUGUGUAUUUGCAACUCCACAAUGCGGCUAGGGCAGCUGUGGGCGUAGGCCCACUCAGUUGGGACGACAGAGUGGCGGCGUUCGCACAAUCAUGGGCAAACCAACGUAUUAAUGAUUGUCGUUUAGUGCACUCCAAUAAUGAUCAAUAUGGAGAAAAUAUUUUUUGGGGAAGUGGGGAUUAUUCAGCUGCAUUUGCCUUACAAACUUGGAUAGAUGAACGCAAGUACUAUGAUUAUGGUUCUAACUCAUGUGUUGGUGGUCAAGAUUGUGGUCAUUAUACUCAAAUUGUUUGGAGGCAAUCGCAACGACUCGGUUGUGCUAGGGUUAAGUGCAGUGAUGGUGGUGUUUUUGUUACUUGCAACUACGACCCACCAGGCAACUACAUUGGCACUCCCCCUUACUAAUCUAACCUCGUUUUUUCUGCAGAUCGAUAGAUGCUAUAAUUCCUAUUUCGAAAUACAUCAAGAAAUAUCAAAUACGUUAUCUGUUUCUCCGAGUUUGCACCCUAAAAUUCAAAAAGUUCUCACGUAUUUGAGUUUUAAAGUGCAAAUUUAAAGGGAUAGAAGGAGUGUUAUCCUAGA